UGGAGGGAGAGCUUCUCGCGUUUCUAUUCGGUACGGUGCGGCCCGAUCACCAGGAUCUCAUCAUGAAAGAGCUCACGAUCCCGGUAGCACAGCUGGCGGACGAUCUCCCUCUCGACAUCAUCUCGCAAGACGACGAGCAUCCAGUUCCCCACGUGCUUUCUCGCACAUUGACGCCUUAUCUUCAGUGGUCGGCUUGCGGAGAAGGAGCCGAAGAGCGUAUCCCGCCGUCGCAGCAACAAUACCUGGAUCCCCGAACGGCUCGCAAUCCUGCCUUCUCCAGGCAUCCUACGGCGGAGCAGCUUGCGGCCAUUCGAGAAGAAGAGGAGGAGGAGGAGAGUACCGGGAGUGACGAAGACGAGCAUAGCGAGGGGGAACAGAGCGAAGAAGAAGAAGAAAGCGAGGAAGGAGAAGAGGAGCACGACGAAGAGCCUGCUGGAUCGGAGUGGGAAGUCGUGCCAGAAGAAGCGCUGCGUACGGGUACCGAGGCUGAGGAUCCCGAGGCGGCCCGCAAAAGAGAAAAGAUCGCGGUCGGGAAGGAGUUAGAGCUCGCAAGCGCGGCGAGUCUGCAGAUUCACGACGAUCCGAACCGAGAUCCGGAGCCGCCGCGGCCUGAAGAUGGCGACCUCGCGGCCACGACUCCGAACCCAUCAGCGCUGCGACGGAGCCGAUCCCCCUCCUCCUCAACCCGUUCCCCAGUUCGCCGACGUACCGAUACGGGCGAUCGGUCUUCGUCCCCGGUCACUCUCUCGUCGUCCCCUUGACUACCUCACCCUCCGCCAACUCGCCACCCCCUUCACGUUCCCCUCCAAUCCGUUUCCCCCCGCCACCUUCCGCCACUUCUACGC